GGCCGAUGAUUUCUAAAUAAGCGUAUUUAUUGGGAAUGUAGUUUAAGAGAACCUAUGGAGAGAACUUGCAGUGCACACAUUUUGCACAGUGCCAGUUUCCUACAUUUAAGAAGUACCAAUUUGUAAAUCCUGAAACAUGACUCGAAAAAACAGAGCCACUUCUUCGCUGCCUCAGGUAGAUAGAAAAUCCUCUUUCGGAGGGGGCAGUGGCAUUGGGCGUGCAGUUUGUCAGCGCCUUGCUUCAGAGGGGGCCUCACUGGUGGUUGCAGACCGGAGCGUGGAAUCGGCCAAUCAGACCCUGGAAAACCUGUCUCGUGAUCAUAAAGGGCAGGAACACAUGGUGGCAGAGGUGGAUGUUGCUUUCCGCAGCAGUGUGGAGAACCUGCUGAACAGUAUACAGCGACGGUACUUCCAGCCCCCAUCUGUAUGUGUGAAUGCUGCUGGCAUUACACAGGAUGAGUUCCUGUUGAAAAUGGAGGAAGAGGACUUUGACAAAGUGAUUCAGGUCAAUCUUAAGGGCACCUUUCUGAUCACUCAAGCUUUCUCGAGGGCCAUGGUAGCCGCAGGCGCUCCCAAAGGUUCCAUUGUUACCGUGGGCAGCAUCGUGGGGAAGGUGGGGAAUGUGGGCCAGGCCAACUACUCGGCUUCCAAAGCCGGUGUCCAGGGGCUUACCAGAACAGCUGCUAAGGAGCUCAGCAGAUUUGGCAUCCGGUGUAACUGUGUUCUACCAGGGUUCAUCACCACACCAAUGACAGACAAGGUGCCAGAAAAAGUGAUCAGCAGGAUUACUUCUCUUGUGCCCUUGGGGAGGAUGGGAGACCCUGCAGAGGUGGCUGAUGUGUGUGCCUUCCUGGCUUCUGAUGACAGUCUCUAUAUCACUGGAAGCUGUAUAGAAGUCACAGGAGGGCUUUUCAUGGGCUGACUCAAGACCGCAUAUGGAGAAUGACCGCCAUUAGGCCUUACAUUUUUCUUAAAUAUAUAUGUACAUAAUAUGAUUAUACUAUUUGUAUUAUAAAAUACUAUUUUUGUAAUUUGCAUGCAUUAGCAAAAUAAAACACUUAAAUUAUAAUAAAUUGUGUAAUAUGUAAUAACCACUGUGCCAAUGGAUAAAAUGCACCAGCCCCUCUUAUAUGCAGAUAUGGAUUACUUUUUUACAGAGUAGCCUACUUACUGUAAGUGCUACAGGACAGACAUACAGGGAUAUAAACACACACACCUAUACACACACUCUCUCUCUCUCUCUCUGAGUUAAGUACUAUUGCAACAAGAGACACUAAUGUACAGGCUGUGAAAGUGCCUCAGCGUGUGGUUUAAUGGGAAACCGAACAGAAAAAAAGGACUGUGAGCUCAGACACACACACACACACAAAAUCUCAAACUGUGGAAACAUGAUCAAAAGCCAAAGCAAGGAAUACUGCACAGCCACCAGAGAGAACAAAGGUGAAAGAUGUCUGAGAAUUCAGACCAGGUGAAGGCUGUGAGCUUUCUGUGGUGCACUGCGGCUAUUGGGUGGAGUUUAUUUCUGGUCAUCUUGACUGAUGAACCAUGGAGGAUAGUGAACGUAUUAUUUACUGACUGCAGUGAGAAAAAGGAGGUGAAAUUUAUUCAAAACACAAACCACAAUUGUCCUGUGCAACAUGCAUCCAGCCCGUAGCAAAGGUUGUAACAAGGGGCAUAUUGAGGGGAGAAUGAACAAAGAAGACAAUCAGCUCUUUUUAAAAAGAUGAUAUAUUACAGAAACAGAAUUUUUAAAAAUUACUUACAAACAUUAUAAAAUAUUUUUUCUCUUGUCAGCACCAUAUUUUUAUGAAACAGAUGUCUGUUUUUCAUUUGAAAUCAAACAAACAAAUAAAAAAAAAAAUGCAUCUUCUGCACGGCUCUCUAAUGAAAACCACACGGACAACUUUUAUUUACCCAGGUUAUCUUUUCAUCGGUCAUCCCCCCAAUCCCUUUAAUAUUACAAGAGAAUCAAAGCACAAAAUAAAAAAAAUUAAACAAUAUUGUAUUUCACCAUUGCUUUAAUUAAUUAUAUUACAAUGUUUGGUAAUUGUCCUCCCCAAUCCCACCCUCCCACGUGCCAUCUCUUGCCCGCUGGGGUCCCACAUCCAUGCCAUCCUGCACUCUUUGUUUCUCUUGCACACCUACACGGAACCUCAAUGGCCCACAGUAGCCCAGCCAAACCUAGCCAUGACAAAGCAUAAGAAUCAAACUCCACACAAAGUCCACAACUAGGAUUGUCCUUGUGAACUGCGUGAUUGUAAAGAGACUACGUCAGACAAUUGUCAGCAACACGCCCUGUUAACAUGCACAGACCAUGAGUAUUGCACAGAUCAAGUCAGAUUAGGUUUUAAUGUAUAUAUUUAAUUGAUUUAUGACCCAUCAAGUGAAAACUACAGGAAAUAAAUACAAACGAAAUACCACAAUUUUUCUUUCUUGAAAACGGCAAAGAGUUUGGUAGGAUUUAGAGCACCCUGUUCUGUUCAUUCCCUUUAACAAUAAAUACAAUAGAAUAUCAGUAUCUCUGUACAAAUGAUUUGUAAUGCACAAAGUCCAGCCAAAGAAAAACAAAAUCAUUGUUGA